CCUGCCACUCCCUCCAGCUGCCCCCCGCCCCCGGUCACCCCUCUCCCCUCGCCCCGCUCCCCUCCACCUCCCGAAUCCGGGAGGGCCGGAGGCGAGAUGUUGGAAAGGCUCUCUUUCGAGCUGCUGCUGUUGCUGCUGCUGCCUCUUUUGCCGUCAGGGGGGGUGACCGCGGGGAGCCAGCUCCCGGAGAAGGAGGAAUCGGGGUCCGGGGUGCGGGUGGUGUGGGCCCAGACGGGGAGCCCAGUCCAGCUGCCCUGCAGCCUCGGCCCCCAGGAGCGGAUGGCUUACCGCAGCAGCCUCCUGCGAGGGGCCGCCGUCAGCUGGGAUCACCGGCCAGACAGGGCCUCUUCGGGCUGGUACACGGUCCUGGCCGUGGAACCCAGCGGGCUGAAGCGCGGCCGGCGGCCCCGGCAGCAGCGAGCCCAACUCCGGGGGCUCGACUUCCUCCGGGGAGACUUCUCCCUGCGGCUACUCCCGGCCCGGCGCCCGGACGCCGGGGACUACAGAGCCACCGUCAGCUUCGGGGACCGGACACUGCGGUGCCUCCUGCAUCUCAGCAUGGCCGCGGUCACGGCUGACCCUCCGGGGACCCUGGUGGCCUCUGACCCCGUACGCCUGACCUGCUCCUCCACUCGUCCUGAACCUCCUGUCUUCUCGCUCUGGUUUCGGGGUGACACCCCCAUUGUCUCUCCAACCCCGGGCCUCCUCUACCUGCCCCACGUCACCCUCGCCCACGCCGGGCACUGGCGCUGCCAGCUCUUCUUCUCAGACGGAUCCAACGUCUCCGUCUCUCAUCGGCUCCAUGUCCUGGGUCUGGAGCCCCCAGAGCAACGAACCAUCUAUGUCGGAGCCGGUUCCCCCGCAGAGCUGCCCUGCCGCCUCACUCCCGUCCCGGAGGCCCCGGCCGUCCUGGGGGCCCACUGGAGCCUGCCCCGGGGAGGGGUCCUUCCGGUGGAGGGAGUCAACGGCAGCUUCGCGCUGCAGCUGGAUGAAGUGACCCCCGAACGGGCCGGCACCUACCACUGCAACGUCAGCCUGCGAGGGCGCUGGCUCGGCACAACCGUCACCCUGGCCGCCAUCACGGUGACCGCCACUGACUCCCCCGGCCCAGCCCCCGCUGGCUCCCGCCGCCGGCAGCUCCUGUGUGCGGUGACUCCGGCCAGGGGGGAUGAGCUCUUCCUGUGGACCCCUCCGAGGGUGGCCCAUGGCCCCGGGGAUGCUCCCCUCCCCGUGGGGCCCUGGUUGGAGCUGGAGAAGGAGGGUCUUCAGGCAGGGCCCUGGACGUGCAGCCUGUAUCUGGGUCAGCAGUGCUUGGGAUCUGCUGCCGGGCCCCUGGGGCUGCCUGAUGCAGGUGCCCGGCUCUUGGGGGCGACUCCUCACCCUGCCAGCCCCGGCAAGUUGCUCCCUCCACUCGGCCUCAGCUUUGGCCUCUCCUUCCUACUCCUCUCGGCGAUCGGAGCCUUCGCCCUGCUCCGUCGUCGACGCAGUCGGCGACCACAGACUUUCCCUGCUCUGGAGAACCAAACCCGAGAUCCGCAUAAGGAGGACCAAGAUUAGCCGUGACUGCACUCCAGCCUCGAGGAACCUGUGUCCUCAGCCUCCCCUGGAAUACAGCCGCCCCCACAAAUAUCCCCGCUCCCCCGAAAGCAGCUCCUCGGAUUACAGCCUCCCUGUGAAAACAGCUUCCCCGAAAUAAAGCUCUGAAGCAGCAGCA